AUGGCUCCUGGAGGUGGAGGAAAUAUAAAGGUGGUGGUGCGAGUACGGCCUUUCAACGGCAGAGAAAUCGACCGAGGCGCAAAAUGUAUUGUGCAAAUGAAAGCAAGCCAAACCGUCCUUACCCCGCCACCUGGUGCUAUCGAUAAAUCACGAAAAGCUGCUGGCGGAAAGGGUGCGGUGGAAGAACCAAAAACCUUCGCGUUCGACAGAUCUUACUGGUCCUUUGAUAAAAACGCCCCGAAUUUCGCGACUCAAGAUAAUCUAUUUGAAGACUUGGGUGUGCCGCUUUUGGACAAUGCUUUCCAGGGUUACAAUAAUUGUAUCUUUGCUUAUGGCCAGACUGGUUCUGGAAAGUCCUAUUCCAUGAUGGGAUAUGGCAAAGAAUACGGUGUUAUCCCGAGGAUCUGCCAAUCAAUGUUCGAGCGCAUAACUGCCAUCCAACGAGAUAAGAGCCUAAGCUGUACAGUUGAAGUGUCUUAUCUCGAGAUUUACAACGAAAGAGUCCGUGAUCUGCUCAACCCCUCGAAUAAAGGAAAUUUGAAAGUUCGUGAGCAUCCAUCGACCGGGCCUUAUGUUGAGGACCUAGCCAAGCUUGUUGUCCGUUCUUUCGAGGAGAUUGAGAACUUGAUGGAUGAAGGUAACAAGGCCAGAACUGUCGCGGCCACUAAUAUGAACGAGACAUCCAGUCGAUCCCAUGCUGUCUUUACCCUGACUCUUUCUCAAAAGCGCCAUGAUGCGGAGACGUCGAUGGACACGGAGAAGGUAUCGAGAAUUAGUCUGGUUGAUCUCGCGGGAUCAGAAAGAGCAAACUCUACCGGAGCGACGGGCGCUCGGUUGAAGGAAGGAGCGGAGAUUAACCGUUCACUCUCAACCCUUGGACGAGUCAUCGCUGCUCUGGCAGAUGUGGCCUCUGGAAAGAAGAAAAACGCGUCCAUGGUACCGUAUCGUGAUUCUAUUCUAACAUGGCUGCUCAAGGACUCCCUCGGAGGAAAUUCCAUGACGGCGAUGAUUGCUGCAAUUUCCCCCGCAGAUAUCAACUUUGAUGAAACUCUCAGUACACUACGGUAUGCUGACUCGGCGAAGCGUAUCAAGAACCACGCAGUCGUGAACGAAGAUCCAAAUGCUCGUAUGAUCAGGGAACUUAAAGAAGAGCUAGCACAGCUCAGAUCCAAGCUUGGAGGUGGUACGGUAGCUGGAGCAGCAGGUGGUGCCGUGACGGGAGCAGCUGGUGGGGUACCCACUGCGGAAUAUUACCCCCCAGAUACUCCUCUGGAGAAGCAGAUGGUUUCUAUCCAACAACCUGAUGGUACCGUUACUAAGGUCAGUAAGGCAGAGAUCAUGGAGCAACUCAGUCAAAGUGAGAAGCUCUACAAGGAUUUGAACCAGACUUGGGAGGAGAAACUGGUGAAAACAGAACAGAUUCACAAAGAGCGGGAGGCCGCAUUGGAAGAACUGGGAAUUAGUAUUGAAAAGGGCUUUAUUGGCCUCAGUACGCCAAAGAAGAUGCCACACUUGGUUAACCUCAGCGACGAUCCACUGCUUGCCGAGUGCCUCGUUUACAACAUCAAGCCUGGAACCACUAUGGUUGGGAACAUGGACCAGGGAAACCAUGUGGAGAUCCGUUUGAACGGCUCUAAGAUCCUAGCCAACCAUUGUACAUUUGAGAAUGUCGAUAAUGUCGUUACUGUUGUGCCAAGCGAAGGCGCGGCUGUCAUGGUGAAUGGGUUACGUAUAGAUAAGCCAAAGCGCCUCAAAAGCGGAUUCCGAAUAAUUUUGGGCGAUUUCCAUAUAUUUCGCUUCAAUCACCCUCAGGAAGCUCGUGCAGAGCGAGUAGAGCAGAGUUUACUGCGUCAUUCCGUUACGACGAGUCAGCUUGGUUCACCGGCACCAAACAAAGCGCAUGACCGCAAUUUGAGCAAGACUGGCUCAGAAAUAGAUGGGGAUUCGAGUAGGGCUGAUUCGCCUCUGCCUUCGCAACCCGGCCGGGAGUCUGAUUGGUUGAAUGCUCGCCGAGAAGCCGUCAGUGCUGUGCUGGGCCCUGAUCAUAUCUCUCACAUGCCCGAUGAUGAGUUGGAUGCUCUCUUCGAAGAUGUGCAAAAAGUAAGGGCGACUCGCCGUGGGCUAAUGGAGAAUGAAGAGGACUCAGAUUCUCUUAGUUCAUUUCCCGUUAGGGACAAAUAUAUGUCCAACGGCACUAUUGAUAACUAUUCACUUGAUACUGCUAUAACAAUGCCGGGAACCCCUCGCCAACAUGAUGAAGACGAGGGUCAAACUGGCGAUACAACACUGCAGUCAGUACGCCAAGAUAUGCAACGCCAGUUAGAUCGGCAGAAAGAGGAGUACCAGGAUAAAUUAAGAAACGCAGAGCCUUCUAGCCAAGGUGCUGAAGAUUUACGCUCUGAAAAGGCUCGAAUGGAAGCAGCUCUUCGGAAAGCGAAGGAGGAGUUUGAAGAACAGUUGAGGAAGCAGAAGGAAGAAUUCGAAUCUCAUAUGAAAGACUUGAGGCAACCGGCCCCAAAGAUAUACGAGAAUGGCUUUCCUAAAUUGGAGCCAAGGGAGAUAGAGAUUGCCAAUCUUGUCUUCCGCCAUUGGACGCAGCAAAAUUAUGUCCGUAUGGCGGAAAAUGUGCUCCAACACGCAUCGUUGUUGAAGGAGGCCCAGGUGAUGAGCCAAAUAAUGGACAAGAAUGUCGUUUUCCAGUUUGCGGUCAUUGACCACGGGCACAAUAUGGCUUCAUCGUAUGAUCUUGUCCUGAACGGUAUAUCUGGCGAUGAAGAUGUUGUGUUGGAGGAGACCAAGAAACCGUGCAUUGCAGUCCGUGUGAUUGAUUUUAAACAGGGCGUCAUCCAUCUUUGGUCCAUCGAGAAGCUUCAACGCCGCCUUCAAUCUAUGCGCCAAAUGCACCAGUACAUUGACAGACCAGACUAUAUCCAACAUUUCAAGCUUGAGAACCCUUUCUCUGAACCCUGUUCACCACAGUACUCUCUUGUGGGAGAUGCUGAUAUUCCCCUCACCGCGGUCUUUGAGACCCGAGUUCAGGAUUUCUCUGUUGAAAUUACUUCUCCAUACACACAGAACGCCAUUGGUAUAAUUAGAUUGUCUUUGGAGCCAUCAUCAGCCCAGGCUCCGUCAUCGACCCUCAAGUUCAAUGUCGUAAUGCGUGAUAUGGUUGGUUUCGCCGAAUGGGAGGGAACGGAUGUCCAUGCGCAGCUUUUCGUGCCUGGGAUUUCUGAGGAGGGUGGUGCUACUACCACCCAGAUGAUCAGCGGUUUUGACGAAUCCGCUGUUCGGUUUGAAAGUGUUCAUAGUAUGAGCCUACCGCUAUCUAGCUCACGAACUGCAGCUUUGAAGAUAUGUGUUUAUGCACGAGUGACUCAUAUGCAUAUGGAUAAACUUCUUAGCUGGGAUGACAUGCGCGACUCGGUAGAGCUGGCCCCACAGAAACGUAAGACACCACGCAUUGCAGAGUCCGAGUUUUACUCGGAUGAGAGACAUGACGUCUUUGCUAGCAUGCAGAUACUUGAGUUGGCCGAAACAGGGGAGUAUCUUCCUGUCGAGGUGGUACAGAACAGCAGCCUUGAUGCAGGCACAUAUCAACUUCAUCAAGGGCUCCAACGACGAGUUCUGGUGAACCUUACCUAUAGCUCAACUGAGACUCUUCCCUGGGAUAACCUUAACAACAUGCGAGCGGGCUCUGUGCGGCUGCUGGAUCCAUGGGGCAAAAUUCCCGACCAAGAUCUUCAGACCCCUGACGUCCCGCUGAAGUUUGUUCAGGAACCAAUGGUGAAGGACAAUGCAGAUGGAACGACCAAUGUCACUUUACUAGCCCAGUGGGACUCAAGCUUACAUGGCUCUCUCCUUCUUGACCGGGUCACUGCUGAGAAGUAUCGGGUUCAGGUAACGGUGCGGUGGGAUCUCCUGUCAUCUCGCCUGCAGGAUCCUGUUACGUUUGAUGUAGACAUGACGCUUCAGAUCCAAAGCCGAACUUACGUACGCCCGCAGUCAAUGUUCAAACAGUUCUUUAACGCGACUCGGAUAGUACAUUCCACAGUUCGCAUGUUUUCAUUGGCUGUUCGACCGGUGUCUGCCAAACGCGCGGCCGAUCUCUGGCGGAUGAACACUCAAAAUGAUUAUGUGAAGGGUGAAGAGCUGCUGACCACCUGGUCCCCGCGAAAAGUUUCACUCGUGCGGGACUAUAUAGCAGCUCGCAAACGACGUCGACGUGUUGCCGAAUUAAACGCUGCCAAGGGAGCCCUCAGCGCCAGCAGCUUGGUGGCAUCCCCUCCACGGAGCGGGCGAUCAACUCCCCUACGCAGCCAGGAGCUUGCAGAGCGCAGAGUUAACCUUCUCAGGAAGUAUGUUGACCUUUGGACCGCACAGACCGAUCCUAUCGAAGCUAUCCUUGUCCGAAGCAAUACAGAACCUCCCUCUGGGGGUGCAGCUUUUGCCUCGCAAGCACAGGCAUCGUCCGCCGAUGACUCCAGCUCUAUGUCUGACGAGGCAACGUUGAAGCCGCGGUUCGUUGCGACCAUUCAAGCUUUGCCUAAAAAUCCAUCUUCCAUGAAAAACGGAUACCUUUUAACACCUGACGAUACCAACAGUCACUGGGUGCGACGCUUUGUGGAACUUCGCCGGCCGUACCUUCACAUACACUCUGUCCCGGGUGGUGAUGAAAUCAAUGCCAUCAAUCUGCGCCAUUCGCGUGUGGACCAUGACCCUGACUUCGCACGGCUGCUUGAUGGACCGGGAGCGCGGGCUGAUCACGGAGCGUCGUCCAAGGGGCGUCCGAAUGUAUUUGCGGUGUAUGGCGCCCAGAACACCUUCCUAUUUGCCGCCCGCACCGAAGCUCAAAAAGUUGAAUGGAUCCUGAAGAUCGAUGAAAGCUACUUCAGUAGUAAGGGAGCAAGGCAACCGUGA